AUCAGAUGUCCGAGAAAUGUGGGUACAGUGCAUGUACGAUCAUCAGCUGACAACCAGCCUGUUGAGCAUCGCUGAAGACAUCUUAGGACUCCAAUGUCUAGCGCAAGUAAUGUUGGGAGUGUUUACUAUAUGCGAUUGUAUGCUGCUAGUAACGUUGACGGAUUGGUAUCCUACGUACUGUUUUUUCUUGGUUAUGUUUACGGAACUUUCAAUAUAUUUUAUUGUUGGAAAUUUUGUAGAACUUAAGAUUGAUGAAAUGUACAACAAAGUGAUCUCGAUGCCAUGGUAUAAGCUACCGGUAAAGGAGCAGAAAGAGUUUUGCUUCCUGAUGGCCAGACAACAGCGUCCCAUGAUGUUGACAGCGUAUGGAUUUCAUCCAAUGAACUUUGAAGCGUACAUGAGCGUUUUGAAAGGUCUGUACCAGUUUUUCGUUAUGCUCACGCAGUACGUUGGAUAA